AUGGGCGUGAAAGGAAAAUUGAUUGUUUCAGUGGAGGUGAAGUGUGGAGGACAUCUGGUGCAUGAUCUUUUUCACAUGAAUACUCAUCAUAUAGCUAAUAUAACUCCCAAAAAUGUCAACUGUUUUGAGAUUCAUGAAGGUGAAAGCGUAAAAGUUGAUUCGAUUGUAAGCUGGAAUUAUAAUGAGGCUGGACAAAAGAAGUUUAUGAAGGAAGUUAUUGAAGCAAUCAAUCCUCACGAAAAAUCAAUUCGUUGGAAAAUUAUUGAAGGAGAUCUGCUAGAGAUGUAUAAUUCGUUUACCAUUAUAACAUCUCAUCAACCUCAAUGGACUACAUGGACAUUUGAGUACGAAAAGAAAACUGAAGACAUUCCAGAGCCCCUCAUUUUAUUAGGUAUGGUCAUUGACAUGACCAAGGAUUUAGAGGGUCACCUUCUCAAGAAUUAG